UGCUUAUCUGUUCGCGAACAGAACCAACCCAGCGUCGUACCUCCCGUCUCGACGAACGGCGGCGGCGCCAAUCCCGGCCGCCUCCACACCGAGCCCCCGCGGCCGGCGUGCCUGCACCCCAAGAUCCUCCCGCCUCGUCUCCACCCCAAGAUCCAGCGGCCGACGCCACCUUCCCGCCCCGCCGGAGCUCUCCAGCAGCCGGCGGCACGUUCCCGCCCCGCCAGAGCUCUCCAGAGACCGGCGCCACCCUCCUACCCCGCCUCCACCAUCAUCUCCGGCGACCGGCGUGCCUCCACCCCGAGCUUUGCCGCCCGGCGCAGGUGUGUUGCUGACCGGCUCCUUCCUCUCUUCCUAGAGCUCCCACCCUCUCCCCUGUCUAGCGGCAAAGUCUCAUACAACUCAAUGUCUCACAUUGACAAAUGACAACCCAAACAACAUUUGGCAUUCGAUCGACCUCAAUAUCCAGUCUGUGUUCCGAAUAUCUAAGCAUCCAAACAAAAAUGUUGCUCUUAACACAGAUUGCUACUUUGCUCAUGCUCAUGUUGCACCAAAAGAUCAUAAUUCGCUAUGAAUCAUGGUUUCAUUGUAGAUGAUUGAUUGCUUAAACAAGUAAGGUGGCAAGCAUACAGUUCUUAUUUUCAUAUCAUAUGGAUCUUACAUAAUACUUUAGCCCCAUCCUUGUAUCCAGUAGCUAUAUAUAUAGGAACCUAGAAAUUUGAUAUGACCUGCAUUGAAGUAGCAUAAUAUACUUGUUUACAUGGCAAUCAUAAAUUCUCUAAAUUUUACUUCACCACUUGUUUCACUGUUUAAAUUAGUUAGCUAAUGGUGAUAUGUAACUUGCACUAUUCAAUUUUUAUUCUUCAUCCAAAAUAAUACAGGCCUACUCUUACAGUACCUAAAUUAGUAGAAGUCGUCAGUCCCUCCUAAAAUACUGUAAGAUUUAAACUGGGGAGCUGAGCUGAUUGGUAGGGAAACACAGGGAAAUUACUAGGAAGGGAUGACUUGUAUUAAAAUAAUCUAGUUUGACUAAGUUUUUUUAGAGGGGGUGGGCGGUAUCAUAUUUGUUAAUCAAAUGAAGACAGUUGCCUGAAGCUGUCAUUAAGUAAAUAAUACGUAGCCCAGGCCAUUGACUUCGAGAACAGCAACCAAAAAUGUUGGUGUCAAGCAAAGAUUGAUCUGUUUUCCUUUUUUUUGGAGUUCUCUUGCGAUUGCUAUUUAUCAUCUCUGCGUGUUCUUGGUGUUUUAAUUCACGCAGCUUUGCAAGAGAGUUCUGAGUUUUGCCCAGAACUCUUUCUGAAGUCCUUCGAAAUUGUUCAUGCCCUUCAGAAAGAUUUUAUACUUCCGCCCCAGCCUCUUGCCAAAGAUAGGCAGACCCUCCCAAAGUGCUGUAGGACUUACAUUGCGUCGCUGAGUCAAUUGUUGGGGAAACUCAUGGAAAGUACUAGGAAGCGAUGAUUUGUAUUAUUUUAUUAUGCAAUAAGAAGAAUUCUUCCAUUUUCUUUUUCUUUAGUUGUGGGAAAACCCAAAUUAAAACUUUUAUUUUAUAGCGAGCGCAAUUUCUAGUAAAAAAAUCCUGUAUCCUUCCACUUAGAUCAAAAGGAAUUUUUCCAAUAGAACUAUGGAACCCCCGAGUGUAAUGUAGUUUGACUAAGUCAGUUUUUUUGGGGUGGUGGGUUGGUGGUGGUAUUCAUAUUUUUUCAUGAAAGGGGACAGGGAAAUGAAAUUGUCUUUAUGUAAAGAACACACUGUCCAUUGCCAUUGACUUUGAGAACAACAACCGAGAAAGUCUGUGGUUAAGUUCAAACUGAACUAUUUUCGGCCAUCACUUUUGUUUCAGUUAGAGCUCCCAGAGGACCAGACCACCUUCUUGGUUUAUGUUCUUUUAUCAGGCUUUCUGGACAAGGAUGCCGCCAAGUUUUGCAAGAAAGGUGUGAGUUUAGCCUGGGAUUCUUUUACAAGUACUUCCAAAUUGUUCAUGCCCGUCAGAAUCAUCUUAUAGUUUCGCCGCCACCUCUCACCAAAGAUGGGAGGCUACUACUGCUUGUUCCCCUGCUUGCUCAUCUGCUUUCUGCUCCACACACAUGGCAGCCACUCCCUGAACCAGACAUGCAACUCCACUGACCUGGAGGCGCUUCUCGCUUUUUCCAGCGGCUUGGGUAGGAAAGUCAGCAGGCUUGUUGGAUGGGGUCCCAACGAUGCAGCGUGCUGUUCCUGGACCGGCGUCUCUUGUGAUCUGGGGAGAGUUGUUGGGUUGAAUCUCUUCAACAAGAACCUUCAUGGCGGCAUCUCAUCCGCGAUCACCUUGCUUGAUGGCCUUGUGACUCUAAACCUCUCCUGCAACUCUCUCCGUGGCCAGCCACCAGAGGAUCUAGGCCGGUUAGCAAGGAUGCGGAUUCUCGACCUCAGCAUGAACAUGCUCUCCGGCGCGUUCCCGACGAGUGAACAUGGUUUCCCGGCAAUUGAGGUGCUGAAUGUAUCCUUCAACCAAUUCAAGGGACCGCACCCUGUGUUCCCUGGCGCGAUGAAUCUGAUGGUUCUUGAUAUCUCGAGCAAUGCCUUCUCUGGUGCCAUCAACACCACAGCACUCUGUGUUGCGCCGGUCAAGGCCUUGCGAUUUUCUGGGAAUGAGUUCACCGGUGAGAUCCGCGCCGGGUUCGGCCGGUGCAAGAUGCUUACUGAGCUCUCUAUUGACAGCAGUGGCCUUACUGGGAAACUCCCCAGGGAUCUUUACACGAUAUCAGAGUUGAGGAGGCUGAGCUUACGAGAUAAUCAGUUCUCUGGUAGUCUCGGCGAGGACCUGGGUAACUUCUCUCAGCUUAUGCAUAUUGAUCUGUCAUAUAACAUGUUCUCUGGUGUCAUCCCUGAUGUGUUUGAAGGUCUGAGGAGGCUGGAGUUCUUAAGCUUGGCCUCAAAUUUGUUGACUGGCACAUUGCCUGCUUCCCUGUCAAGCUGCAAAAUGCUGCGAGUGAUCAACCUAAGGAACAACUCGCUGUCGGGCAAGAUCGCCAUUGACUUCCGUUUACUGCCAAGGUUAAACAUUCUGGAUGCAGGGACCAAUAGAUUGAGUGGUCCUAUACCUCGAGAUCUCAUGUGGUGCACUAAGUUGAGGACACUGAACCUUGGAAGGAACCUGCUUGAUGGGGAGAUACCAGAGAGCUUUAAGCAUUUGCGAUCCCUAUUAUUCCUCUCGCUUGCUGGUAAUGACUUAACGGACUUGUCAUCGGCAUUACGAGUCUUGCAGCACCUGCCCAAACUGACAACGUUGGUGCUUACCCGGAGCUUCCGUGGUGGUCAGACAAUGCCAAUGGACAGCAUCAGUGGGUUCAAGAGCUUGCAGGUGCUUGUUCUUGCAAACUGUGCACUCUCAGGCAUGAUCCAGCCUUGGCUGCAGAACUCAAAAAACCUGAGAGUGCUGGACAUUUCGUGGAACAAAUUGAGUGGACCGAUCCCACCAUGGUUAGGCAAUCUGAAUAAUCUCUUCUAUAUCGAUCUGUCAAGAAACUCGUUUAGUGGGGAGCUUCCUGAGAGCUUUACACAGAUGAAGGGUUUAAUUUCGAGUGCUUAUUCAAGUGAGCAUGCAUCAAUAGAAGACCUCCCAUUAUUCAUCAAAAAGAAUCCAGCUGGCAAUAGUUUGCAGUACAACCGUGUGGUCAGCUUCCCACCAUCGCUGAUCCUCUCUAAUAAUUUGCUUGUUGGGCCAGUCUUGCCUGGCCUUGGCCAUCUUGUGUAUCUUCAUGUACUGGACUUGAGCUGGAACAAGUUCUCAGGGGGCAUUCCUGAUGAGUUAUCAAGCUUGGAAAACUUGGAAGAGCUAAAUUUAACCCACAAUGAUCUCAGUGGGAGCAUACCAACAUCUCUAACAAAGUUGUCAUUUCUCUCCAAGUUUGAUGUCUCGUACAACAACCUGACUGGAGAUAUCCCAACAGGGGGCCAAUUUUCCACAUUCACAGAUGAGAGUUUCGUGGGCAAUGAUGCACUAUGCCUUCGUCGGAAUGGCCCCUGCUUCGGAAAGGCUUCAUUUGAAGGAACAGAAAAUGAUGGCACCGAUACCAUAUCCACAAUGCCCGCAAUGACAUACAUCAUCGCAGAAGCGGGAUUCGCUUUCGGGCUUUUGACCGUCUGUAACAUACUGUUCUUCGCAAGGGCUUGGAGGGCCGCUUAUUUUCUGGCGGUUGACAGGUUCUUUGAUAUGCUCUACGUCAUAAUAAUGGUGAAGGUGAACAAGCUCAGAAGAAAAUGGGAGGAUAAAGAGCAUCCUUAGAACAAGUCAGGAACGGCUCCUUGCGGGUUCUAUCUUGGUGACUUGUGUGCACAUGUUUUCUUUUAACUUUAUAAGUUGUCUCCUUUUUCUCAGCUUAUAGUGUCUUCCUUGCUACCGCCUCAGGUGUCAUUAGGUGGAUAGAUUCAGUAUCAGGUAUCAUAUGGUUAGAUCUGGAGUUCCCCUUCAUGCUGAGGACAAUAUUAUUUUGUGAUAUGUGUUGUUACAACUAAAUUUAUGAACUGUAUGGUGGAUGCUAAUCUAAAGACUGUCUGCUGUUCUCUGCGUGGAGCAUUACAAUCUGAGGACAAUAUUUCGGUUUC